AUGAGCAAGACGGAUACAGCGCCGCUGCUUCCUCACGGGUCUAGCACCCGAGGGACAACGUCAAAGCGCUCCCUCGCUCUAGUGUUGUCGCUCUUUGCCCUCGUUGCUCUCCUAACGCCGAGCCCCUUAUCUAUCUUGUCAGCAACUAUUUCGUCGAUUGCAAGUCUCCGGGUCGAUGCGAAAGGGGGCUCUUGUGACCAAGCAGACCCAUUGAUGCCAUCAUUGGACCAACACAACACCUCUUCUGUCCGAUCGUUCAAGGACCGUAUUAUCAAAUGGCAUCAGGGGGUCAUCCGCAUUCCAACUUUUGUUUUCGAUGAAAUGGGCGAACCUGGCGAAGAUCCCAAGUGGGAAAUAUUUCACGAUCUGCAUAGAUACCUCGAGCAGUCGUAUCCUCUAGUCCACGAGCACCUCAAGCUGACCAAAGUCGACACGAUUGGGCUGGUGUAUGAAUGGAUAGGCAGCGACACCUCGCUUCAGCCUCUCAUGCUUACGGCUCAUCAAGAUGUUGUACCGGUGCUUCCGGAGACGUUGUAUCAGUGGCAGCAGCCACCGUUCGAAGGAGUGUACGACGGCAAGUACAUUUGGGGCCGAGGGAGCUCGGACGACAAGUCGGGAUUGACAUCCAUCCUCGCCGCGAUUGAGCUCUUGCUUGAGACCUCUGAUUUCAAACCUCGACGAACCGUCGUCCUCGGUUUCGGACACGACGAAGAGCGAGGAGGCCAAAGAGGAGCGCCUGCUAUCCGUGACUGGCUUCUGGAGACCUAUGGCAGGGACUCUAUGGCCUUGCUCGUCGAUGAAGGCUCCGGUCUAAGCUAUAAUUGGGGUCGUCGCUUCGCUUUGCCAGCCGUAGCGGAGAAGGGCAAGCACAACCUCAACAUGACAGUCUCGACUCUUGGGGGCCAUUCGUCAAUUCCGCCAAAGCAUACCAAUAUCGGACUUACAUCGCUGCUCAUUGCAGAGCUUGAGAAAAACCCACAUCAGCCUAUGCUCGAGCAGUCGAGUCCCAUCUGGGGAUACCUCCAAUGCGCCUCUCGGUAUGCCCCUGAGAUCCCCAGGCCGCUCAAGAGGAGCGUCGCCAAAUCACAAGGCAGUAUGAAGGCGUUUAAAAGGCUACCCCAGGAUAUCAUCGAACAUGGAUUGGGUACAAAACCCGAAGGCAAAGGUCAAGGCAAGAUGGCCGAAGCUAUCAUCUCCACGACUCAGGCAGCAGACAUAAUGCACGCCGGAUUCAAAAUCAAUGCAUUGCCAGAAGUCUCCGAAGUCAUGGUGAAUCACCGAAUAAACAUCCACUCCUCGGUUAAAGACGUCCAGAAACAUAUCAUUCAGACCCUGCGACCCAUUGCCGAACAGCUCGACCUGACCCUCUCUGCGUGGGGUCAAGAGUAUCACCCCAAGGGCGAAACAAGAGGCACAGUAUAUCUCUCCGAUGCUUACGAAGUCCCACACGGACCCGCCCCGAUCACCCCGACGUCUAUGGAUAAUGCCGCUUGGCGUGUAUUCGCAGGCACAAGUCGAGGUAUGUGGGCCAGUCGAGCGGAAGUCAGUGAGGAUGGGUCCAUGGUACACCUCGAGGAAGACGAUCAGCUUGUUGUGGCGCCAUUCAUGGGCACUGGUAAUACCGACACCAGGAGGUAUUGGGAUCUCACGCGCAACAUUUAUCGAUUCCGGUACUUCCCAGAUGAUGACUCGCAAGGAGCGCACACCAUCAACGAAAAAGUGGAUGCCGAUGCCAUCGUGGAGUUCACAAGAUACUAUCAGGCUUUAAUCCUCAAUGUCGAUGCGUCGACCGAGCUGUGA